CUGUGAUCUUAAGUUUUAACGAACAGAAUAGCCGUAUCGUUUGUAAAAUUAAUGUUUUAAAUACCCGGCGGUGUUCUUUCUCUCCUUAUCAGUUUGAGAAAAAAAUACCCCAAAAGUUCAGUUCGUUUGCGUUUAAUAAAUAUUAAAGUUGGGAUAAUUUCUAUCGCCUAGUGUGAUUUGUGAUUUAAACUGUUUGUCAACAAAUGGAUAUUCAAAAUGCUUUUUUUCUAAUUUAAACACUUUCUUCGAACGAUAAACAUUGCAGCUGUAUGCGUUGUUACAAAGUGACACGAAUGUCGGCAUUCGUUGCAUAGUCAUCUUCGAAAAUGUUAUGUCGAAAUAAAUCCUUAUUAACGGACAUGACCACUCCGGGAAAUUUAUAUACCAUUUGUCUUUUAUUAGGUUUCUUCUGGUUGCAAGAAGUGCAAAGUCAAUGUAAUGGCACAGGACCGCUAUUAUUAUAUGCUACAAGUUCGCCGCAGUAUUUAACAUCACCAAACUAUCCCUCAAACUACCCUAGCAAUUCAGACUGCUCUUGGCGCAUCGAGGCCCCUAGUGUGGAUGACAAAAUUAUAAUCAACAUUGAAGAUUAUGACUCUGAAAGCACGACUUCAGACUACAUGGAUUUGUAUGAUGGCUAUAAUUCAUCGGCGACAUUAGUUGUUCGCAUGGCUAUAACAAAUCGGAAGACCGUGAAUGCCUUCGUCAGCAGCGAAAAUGUGUUAUAUAUAACUUUCGUAUCAGAUCAUGCUGUUCAAUACUCGGGCUUCCAGAUUCUUUACUUCUCGAACGAUACAGCAAAACAAGCAGCAUGUGAUGAAAUUUUAGAUGUCACAUCACAGGAACAAGUUUUGAUGUCACCCAAUUUACCUGGCCCGUAUAACGAAUCACAUUCUUGUUCAUGGACAUUUUCAUCGACCACUGGUAUCUUGUUUCAAAUAAAAUUUCUGGAUAUGAGAGCAUGCGGCCAGAAUCGUUUGAUGUUCUAUGACGGUAAUUCCACGAAUGACGAUCAACUAGCCUAUGAGUGUUCCUCGGCCCUAACAUACGAGUUUGACGAUAUAACCACAACAGGUUUUAUUGGCCAUAUUGCGUUAACAAUUACCGAGCAGUCGUCGGACAGUUAUGGUUUCAUGCUAGUUUACAGGACAAACGUCGUUACAACGACAACAACUACUGUUGCCACAACGACCUUGGCACCGGCAAUAUUUGACAACUGCACGGCUUCAGGGGCAUACAUGAAUGCAACUAUUUCGCCUAAUUUUGAUUACAUAUAUUCCCCGGACUAUGAGAGUGGACAAUAUCCAAGUAAUAAAUACUGCAGAUGGUAUAUCACAGCACCGGAUGACUAUGCAGUUGAAGCUUACUUUGACAACGAGACAUUUGCAAUUGAAAGAAACACAUACUGUCGCUAUGACUACGUCAUCUUGUAUGACGGAAACUCCACAAGUGAUACAAUGCUGAAUAAGUUCUGUGGUUUUGACAGCCCGGACACUGCAUACAGAAGUUCAAGCACUGAAAUGCUGAUAGUGUUUUCCUCUGACUAUGUUUUAGAGUAUGCAGGCUUCAGAAUAAGAAUAAAGGCGGUUGAUAACACUUAUCCUGGCUGUAAGGCGGACUAUUCUUCGUACCCUGUGAUGUACAACAGAGAUGAAACAUACAUUUCUAACAACUUCACCUAUAUCAACAAUAUAUCUACGCCAGGCUUUGGUACCUCGGACUAUUCUAUCAAUUUGGAUAUGUUUUGGUUGUUCACAAGCACAAACACUACCCACUACAGAAUUGUCCUAGACAUUGUCAGUAUAAGUAUAGAGAGAUCUCACGGUUGUAUCUAUGACAGACUUGUGCUGUACAAUGGUCCAUGUGUAAAGGAUGGUGCGUUGGAUACAGUCUGUGGCUACUGGGCUAAACAGUGGGAUCUUAGCGGACCAGAAUAUCUUCUUCAUUUCCACAGCGACUUUUACCUUACACAGUCUGGAUUUUUAUUAAAUUACUAUGCAGAGGAAAUAGCUGUCCCAAUCCCACUUAUAACGUCAACUACAACGUUUGGACCACCUGUCGGGGCAGUAGUUGAUACAGUGAAGGAAAUGUUAGCAAAUUAUUCAAAUGAGGACCUGCCAACAAGGGACCUAAGUGAAGCUAUAAGAGCCUAUGUCGAUUUCUCUCUCGUCGGAAUAAAUGGAUUAGAUGAGGUUGAGCAAAAGCUGACAUCCACCGGACAAUUUGAUGUAAGAUGGGAAGACCCUAGUUUAACAUGGGACCCUACGAAGCGACAAGGCGUUGUCCAAGUACUCUUACCACAGAAUGAUAUCUGGAAACCCGAUAUUGCUUUGAUAAAUGGAUUCUCUAAGAUCACGGCUAUGGGAGCUAAAUUCAUGUUUAUAGAUAUCAAUUACAAUGGAUCAUGUAUCUGGAAGCCAUACCAGGUUAUGGAAUCCGUGUGUAAAGUGGACAUGACUCACUAUCCGUAUGAUAGGCAAAUAUGCGUUCUUAAGUUUGGUACAUGGUCGACUGACGAUAGUGAAGUAGUAACAGAACUUGGAUCGCUUGGAUUGCAGAUUCAUCCUAACUUCCAAGAGAACGCAGAAUGGCGUCUUGUCUCUACGGAAACUAAACAAGACGAUAGCAAUCACCAUAAAGUUGUAGAAUUUCACCUGACAUUAGAAAGGAACUCUCGAUAUGUGACCUAUUAUAUGACAAUCCCAAUUGUUAUGUUGGCUGUUAUGAAUGUGUUUGUAUUUGUCGUUCCGUGUGAAUCGGGAGAAAAAACUGGCUAUAGUAUAACACUAUUUCUAUCAUUUGUCGUCCUUUUAAUAAUCAACAAUAGCUCAUUACCUGACAAUUCAGACACGAUAUCAUUAUACGCUGCCUAUGUUUUAACAAUGACAAUUUUGAGUGCACUGGCUCUUAUCAUAAGCGCUUUACAGGUUAGAGCAAUGACGUUUGAAGAACGAAUAUACCCAAUUUCAAAACGCGUAAAAAGUAUGAUAAAUAUGGUGAAAAAAGUUGAAUUACUAUUACCAUGUGGGUAUGCAGAUACAGACUCUAAACAAAAUCGUGAUAAAAUAGAAGAUAUAGAAUUAACUCAUACAAAGGUAAGCCAAAAAGACGAAGAGUUGAAACACAAAGCGACAGACAGUGGUAGCAGCGGUUAUGGUAGUUCCAUUUCGGAAAACAAAAAGACAGUUGCUUUUAUGGUAGAUAGUGAAGAAAUCUUUGACAAUUAUGAUUCUGAGGAAAAUGAAAGAUUUUUGUUUCCUCGUAAACGAAAAACCAGUCAAGUAGAUUUUGUAAGAGAGACCACCCUUUUCGAAGAAAAUGCGUUGAUCAGACGUCCGCCUUCAUUUGAAAAUCAUGCAGCUAUAAAUAGGAGUCCUGAGAGACCAAACUUAUCAAAUACCCAUUCAAUAACAGCUGAAGUAAAGAUCGAAACUGAUACAAAUGCUAAUCAAGAAUCGGACCCAUUGAGACACAUGCCACAAGAGCUGGAAUCAGACACUUAUACAUUGAUCCAAAGAGAGCCACAAAAUAACACUACCGAUGUUGAAAAUCAAAUUGCAAAUAAUAUCUGUUCAGAUUCUGAUCUAUACGGAUCUGAUAAUGUCAAAGGAACAGAUGCUGCAAAUGAAGGAAAACGUAAGCCAUCUGAUCAUCACGUCGAGAUAGAGAUUGAUCAAAACCAGUUAGUAAAUGAUAAACUGUCGGUCGCAAACGAUACUCAUUUAUCUGUUAUGGAUGAGGAUAAAGCUCCCAUCAGUAGUUUGGGUAACUUUGUUUCCAAUGCCCAGAUGAUAGAUGACACUGGCUUAACUUCUAAGCAUGGACGUAAGCCAAACGUCAAUGAAGAUGAGAAUAUUGAUACAUGUUUGCAAGUGGCAAAUACAGUGCAGUCUAGUUCAAAAGAACUAUUAAACGAUAAUGUGCCUAACAACAGAGAGAAUAACUCUAUCUCGAAUGUACAGGUGCCAAAGGACACUGACACAACUAAGCUUGGAAGUCAGCCAAAGGUUAAUGCAGAUGAAUAUGUUGCUAAGCCUUUGCCAAUUAUAAAUGAUAAUCAAUAUGAACAGCAUCCGGCGCAGUCUGCUACAGAAGAACUAUUUAAUCCUUCAGAUGAAUAUAUAUCUUCGAAUAACAUCUCCAAAGAGGUAGAAACAAUGCAGACCGCCAAUGAAUUUAUACGAUAUAUUGAUACUGACUCAAAUCUUGGAGACCCUGUCAGACACGGUUCAACUCGUUUUUCCACUGCUGAAGAACUGAAAGUCCCGGAUUCAACAGAAACUGAUGUAAAUCAAGUCAAAAGCAUAAGGCAACAGUCGGGAUCUUUAAUUGACGACAUUACGGAAUUGCAACCGUCGUCGGCAAAUGAGGUUAAAAUGAAUAGGCCAAUAUCUGCAACCGAAAGGCCCUUGUCAGUUAGCAGGACAGGAUUUCGUGGAUUUCCUUCAACCGGCCAUGGCAGAGUAUUGUCGGGCGCAACUAGUCGGUCUGUUUCAACUAGAGAUAGUCGGGCUAUUUCAGUUUUGAGCAAACGACCAAUUUCCAUCAUAAGUCGGAGACAAUCCACAUCUGCAAUGAGCCAAAAUGACAACACAGACCUGUUGUUUGGUCCUGAGGAAACCGACAGAAAAUCACCAACAACCGAAAUAGACAAUGACUCACAUAUCAGUGAUGACCAUUCUAACGAAAGUAUUGAAAGUAGUAGUAUCACGGAAAGCUGUGAUGAGUCGGAUGGUGAUAAUGACAAUUCAUGGCCUGAUCUUGUGUCAUGUACAGAUGUGAUGUUCUUCAUUAUCUAUUUGUUUAUUACAACACUCAUGUCGUUAUCAAUCUUUAUGACAAUGAUUAAAGCCUACUGAUUGGUUAUUUAUUUAGUGUGUAAUAGGCAUAUGUGUAUCUACAAUAAUUUUUACAUUGCGUUUAUCUUGUAUCUUUUAUUCCAAAAGUGCGUGUAUUAUUAGUAACUCUCCUUGUUGGUGACAGGAUAUGGGAUAUACGCUGACGAUGAAAUCCAUCUCGAUCCUGAUACGGAUUUUCGAGACAGCUUAUAUUACAUAUCCUGUCAUUAAUAAACUGUGUAACGAUUUUAUCUUACCGAUUACCCUUUACUUCCAUGCUAUAAUCAACACAUUUUGUAAAUUAACAAAGCUAUAGCUACUUACAGUGCAGACUGGAAUCUUGCAAUCAUUUGUUUGGGUCACAAUAUUUUGUUUAUAGUUAAAUACCAGCGAUAAAAGGCACAAUGAACUGUAUUUUGACUGAAUAACAAAACACAAAAGCUCAUUUAUAUAGUUAAUGAACUGGUUUUGAUCAGGAACAAAAAAGAAUUUUGUUCCAUCCUUUCGAAAAUCAUCAGAUUUCACAAUGUUAAAAAUGUCCUGAAACUAAGGCUAUCAACUCGUUUCCUGUUAAAUCAUCUAUCUUGCACAUAGAUUAAAUGAUCCUAUAACAAUCUGUUUUAUCAAAUAUGUUAAUUAUUAUGCUUUACGAUGAUUUUAGUUAAACAGGAUUUAACUGCCGUGUCUCCCAUACAAAGUUAUUGUUCUUCUGUUUCCGUAUCUUAUGGCUAACUUCACGAACCUAAACUAAGUAGGAGAAUGGAACGGCAAGAAAACACUAAAUUUACUCCCGGAAACGAUUUCUAUAGCUGGAGUUAAUACUAAGACUUGAUUCAAUUCGCCGGCGAUGCGGUAGCCAUUUUGUUUUAAUCAAAAUUCAUAUCGGAAAAUUACAAGCAGGAUAUGGAAUAUAUCCUGUCUGCACGUGACGUCUAUGGACCAAAAGAAAUACUUGCUGAAUUUCGCAUGACUUUCGUUCGUGAACUUCGUAGUCGAACUAGUUAUAGGAGUGGCAACGUCAUUAAAGGAUGACUUAAUUGACGUGGAUUGUUGAAUGAAUUUCACAUUGCAAAAAGCUUAACUGAAGUGACGUUGGAGUUAUUAAAAGCGUUGGUGCUAUGUUGUCAUACCUGUUAUAUGUCCUGUUGCAGUCUUUUCUGAAUACCUCCUUCCGCAACACAUUUGUACCUUGAUAUAUGUUUGAAACGCUUCAACAAUUGAGUUUGAAAAUAUAUAUGAUACGCCUUCUUGUAACAAGAGUGAAAGUCGGCAAAAGUUUGCUAAACAAUUAAGGACUUAUUUUCAGAAAUGUAUUACAUUCGAGCAAUUUCAAAGGAAAUGGCUGUUUGAGAGUUCGGUAUUGAUUGAAUUAAAACAUUUCUAACAUUACUCAAUAUUUCGUAAAUAAAUACGAAAAUUGAACGUUGUCUAUUCUGCGAUAUACAGUGUUUGGCGCGUGGAUCGUCGGAAAAAACAUUAUGGUAGCAAUAAUGACUUCAAACAUGACGUUUGGUUCAAUACUGUUUGGAUCACUGAAAUUCAGCAUAGUUUUUAUCAUCAUGUUUUAAUCAACAUGAUAUCUAGAAUAAAAAUAAACAAAACCAUCUUGGGUUUUUUGCCUGAUUUAAAACGGUUUAUUGUUCUGAUACUUGGAUAUUUAAGCAGUCGUGCUGACACUCUCGUAGUAUAAUUCCUGCUCAUCUGAAUUACGCGCCCUUGUUAAUCAGAAUUAAUAAACAAACGCAAAGACCUUGAUUAAUUGAUAAAUAACAGAUUGGUAUUCAUAAAUGCAUGCUGUAAAGCUUUUAGGAAAUGAGUUAAUGAUCAAGCUUUACUUGUAAAUAUAACCAUGGUCAGGUUCAAAUUAAUACAAAAGCAAUCAAUACAUUAUCAGGUUGCAUCCGAUCACUUGGCAGUCAAGAACUCAACAAAUUUUGAUUGGUUAAACCGUUCUCUUUCUUCACUAGUGUAAACGCAUAAAAUAAUAAAUGGCAUCAUAAUAUUUGCACAAAAUAUUUAAGAAUGUAUGAUAAGUAUAAGGUUUUUUUUUUUUAAUUUUCUUCAGGCUGUAUGCAGUAAAACCGUAUUUUUGCAUGCACCAGUAAUUUGUUAUCCAUAUUCAUAAUUUUUUGUACUAAUAUAAAGAAAACAAAAUAUUGAAUUAGAAGCCAUGUCAAUUGAAAGCAUGUUUAUUAAUGAUAACGAAUAAAUGCAUAAAUACUUUUA